AUGGGGGUGGACUUUGAUGUGAAGACUUUCUGCCACAACUUGCGGGCAACUAAGCCACCAUAUGAGUGUCCUGUGGAGACCUGCCGCAAGGUCUAUAAGAGCUACAGCGGUAUCGAAUACCACCUAUACCACUAUGACCACGACAACCCACCGCCCCCACAGCAGACUCCACUUCGCAAGCACAAGAAAAAGGGGCGCCAGUCACGCCCAGCCAACAAGCAGUCACCCAGCCCCUCAGAAGUGUCACAGUCACCAGGCCGUGAGGUGAUGAGCUAUGCACAGGCCCAGCGCAUGGUGGAGGUGGACCUGCAUGGCCGCGUCCACCGAAUCAGCAUCUUCGACAACCUGGAUGUAGUGUCGGAGGAUGAUGAGGCCCCAGAAGAGGCCCCUGAGAAUGGCAGCAACAAGGAGAACACUGAGACACCGGCAGCUACUCCCAAGUCGGGCAAGCAUAAGAACAAGGAAAAGCGCAAGGACUCCAACCAUCACCACCACCACAAUGCUUCUGCAAGCACUACUCCAAAGCUGCCAGAGGUGGUAUACAGAGAACUGGAGCAGGAUACUCCUGAUGCCCCCCCCCGGCCAACUUCCUAUUACCGGUACAUUGAGAAGUCGGCAGAGGAGCUGGACGAGGAAGUAGAGUAUGACAUGGAUGAGGAGGACUACAUCUGGCUGGACAUCAUGAACGAGCGGCGGAAGACAGAGGGUGUGAGUCCCAUCCCACAGGAGAUCUUUGAGUACCUAAUGGACCGGCUGGAGAAGGAGUCAUACUUUGAGAGCCACAAUAAAGGCGACCCCAAUGCACUAGUGGACGAGGAUGCUGUGUGCUGUAUCUGUAAUGAUGGUGAGUGCCAGAACAGCAAUGUCAUCCUCUUCUGUGACAUGUGCAACUUGGCUGUGCACCAGGAAUGCUAUGGUGUCCCUUACAUCCCUGAGGGUCAGUGGCUGUGCCGCCGCUGCCUGCAGUCACCUUCCCGUGCUGUGGACUGUGCCCUGUGCCCCAACAAGGGUGGUGCCUUCAAGCAGACAGAUGAUGGACGGUGGGCCCAUGUGGUGUGCGCCUUGUGGAUCCCUGAGGUCUGCUUCGCCAACACAGUCUUCCUAGAGCCUAUUGACAGCAUUGAGCACAUCCCACCAGCUCGCUGGAAGCUUACCUGCUACAUUUGCAAACAGCGAGGCUCAGGGGCCUGCAUCCAGUGCCACAAGGCCAACUGCUACACGGCCUUCCACGUGACAUGUGCCCAGCAGGCUGGCCUUUAUAUGAAGAUGGAGCCUGUGCGGGAGACAGGUGCCAACGGCACUUCCUUCAGCGUCCGCAAGACAGCCUACUGCGACAUCCACACGCCCCCAGGUUCUGCGCGCCGCUUGCCUGCCCUGUCCCAUAGUGAAGGUGAAGAGGAUGAGGAUGAAGAGGAGGAAGAUGGCAAGAGCUGGAGCUCAGAGAAGGUCAAGAAAGCCAAGGCCAAGUCCCGAAUCAAGAUGAAGAAGGCACGGAAGAUCCUGGCAGAGAAGCGAGCAGCAGCACCUGUUGUGUCAGUGCCCUGCAUCCCCCCACACAGGCUCAGCAAAAUCACCAACCGCCUGACCAUCCAGAGGAAGAGCCAGUUCAUGCAGAGGCUACACAGCUACUGGACACUGAAGCGACAGUCACGGAACGGGGUCCCACUACUACGUCGUCUGCAGACACACUUACAGUCUCAGAGGAACUGUGACCAAGUUGGGAGAGAUUCUGAGGAUAAAAACUGGGCCCUUAAAGAACAGCUCAAGUCCUGGCAGCGGCUCCGGCAUGAUCUAGAGCGAGCUCGACUGCUAGUAGAACUGAUCCGCAAGCGGGAGAAACUCAAAAGGGAGAUGAUCAAGGUCCAACAGAUCGCCAUGGAGAUGCAGCUGACCCCUUUCCUCAUCCUUCUUCGCAAAACCUUAGAACAGCUCCAAGAAAAGGACACAGGCAACAUCUUCAGCGAGCCGGUCCCUCUGUCUGAGGUAACCGAAUUGGAUGAAGUGCCUGACUACCUAGACCACAUCAAAAAGCCCAUGGACUUUUUCACCAUGAAACAGAACUUGGAGGCUUACCGCUACCUGAACUUUGAUGAUUUCGAGGAGGACUUCAACCUAAUCGUCAGCAACUGCCUCAAGUACAAUGCCAAGGACACCAUCUUCUACCGGGCAGCAGUGAGGCUCCGUGAGCAGGGUGGUGCUGUGCUUCGCCAGGCUCGGCGCCAGGCAGAAAAAAUGGGCAUUGACUUUGAGACGGGCAUGCAUAUCCCCCACAGCCUGGCUGGAGAUGAGGCCCCACAUCACACUGAAGAUGCAGAGGAAGAGCGUCUGGUUCUGCUGGAGAACCAGAAGCACCUACCAGUGGAAGAGCAGCUGAAGUUGCUGCUGGAACGACUGGAUGAGGUGAAUGCUAGCAAGCAGAGCGUUGGACGCUCACGGCGUGCAAAGAUGAUAAAGAAAGAGAUGACAGCACUACGGCGGAAGUUGGCCCACCAGCGGGAGACUGGACGGGAUGGGCCUGAGCGGCAUGGCCCCUCAAGCCGGGGCAGUCUGACACCCCACCCGGCAGCCUGCGACAAGGACGGGCAGACAGACAGUGCCGCUGAAGAGAGCAGCAGCCAGGAGACAAGCAAAGGCCUGGGUCCCAACAUGUCCUCAACCCCCGCACAUGAGGUGGGCAGGAGAACCUCAGUUCUGUUCUCCAAAAAGAACCCGAAGACAGCUGGACCGCCCAAGAGGCCAGGCCGCCCCCCAAAAAACCGGGAGAGCCAGAUGACCCCCAGCCACGGAGGCAGUCCUGUGGGGCCCCCCCAGCUUCCCAUCAUGGGCUCCCUGCGUCAGCGCAAGCGGGGUAGGAGCCCCCGACCCAGUUCGAGCUCAGACAGCGACAGUGAUAAGUCCACAGAAGACCCCCCUAUGGACUUACCAGCUAAUGGCUUCAGCAGUGGGAACCAGCCAGUGAAGAAGAGUUUCUUGGUAUACCGUAAUGACUGCAGCCUUCCCCGGAGCAGCUCAGACUCUGAGUCCAGCAGCAGUAGCAGCAGCAGCGCUGCCUCAGACCGGACCAGCACAACACCCUCAAAACAAGGCCGAGGCAAGCCCUCCUUCUCUCGGGGCACCUUCCCAGAGGACAGCAGUGAGGAUACCUCAGGCACUGAGAAUGAGGCCUACUCCGUGGGUACUGGCCGCGGCGUGGGCCACAGCAUGGUGAGGAAGAGUCUGGGCCGGGGAGCUGGCUGGCUGUCGGAGGAUGAGGACUCCCCUCUGGACGCUCUGGACCUUGUGUGGGCCAAAUGCCGAGGGUAUCCAUCGUACCCAGCUCUGAUCAUUGAUCCAAAGAUGCCCCGGGAGGGUAUGUUCCACCAUGGGGUUCCCAUUCCUGUGCCCCCACUGGAGGUGCUGAAACUUGGGGAGCAGAUGACCCAGGAAGCCCGAGAGCAUCUCUACCUCGUCCUCUUCUUUGACAACAAGCGAACCUGGCAGUGGCUACCCAGGACCAAGCUGGUUCCUCUGGGGGUGAACCAGGACCUGGACAAGGAGAAGAUGCUGGAGGGCCGCAAAUCUAACAUCCGGAAGUCAGUGCAGAUUGCCUACCACAGAGCUCUGCAGCACCGCAGCAAGGUGCAGGGCGAGCAGAGCAGUGAGACCAGUGAUAGUGACUGA